GUCAGUCAGAUAGCGUCAGCAGUAUUGAGCAGAACCUACCAGCUAGGAGACACGAAAUUUUCACACAGCAACGAACGCACAAUCAAUAAAUUAAUUUACUGCUCAGAGGACUAAUACACAAAAUUCAACAUGAGCUACGGUUAUCAAGGCCCACCAUUCCCAGGACAAAAACCACCUACUUCUUUUGGAUUACCUCCAGGAACACCCUCUGCUCCUCCAAGUGCUCCACCAUAUUCUCAAGUUCCAACAUCCUUUGGAAUGCCACAACCAUUUUCUAUGUAUCCUCCUGGUCCUGGUUAUUUACCUCAACAGGUACCCUAUCCAAAUGCAGGUGGAGGUAUCCCACAACCAUUCACAUCGCAAUCAUCUACGCCAUAUCCUAUGGGUCAAAAUUAUUCGGCAUUUCAACCACCAAAUCCUUCUCAAGAAUUUCAUCAACGGCAGCAGCCUUAUCUCCCACAACCUCAUCUACCACAAUCAUUAUACCCAUCUCACUCUGCAAAUCAACCUUAUUCGUCUCCUUCUCAACUACCUUUUCCAUCUAUUACUCCAAAACAACCACAACUUUAUCCACCUCAUCCCCAACAAACACAAUCUUAUUCACCACAGACCUCACAACAACAACCCUAUCCACCUAACUCCAAUUCUCAAUCUCAGCAGCUUUAUCCAUCUCCAUUAGGGUCUAGUGCAUCCCAAAAUCCUAGCCAUACUUCUAACUCAGGCUUGUAUCCUACUUUGAGUGGUUUAGAAAAACCAGAUCCUAUAUCAUCUGCAAAUAAUAUUGGCUCGACUCCUUAUCCGGGCGGAGGGUAUUCUGGGGGUCAGGUCAGUGGAAACUAUAAUUAUGGAGGACCAACACCGGCCCCUCGAAUCACUAAGGCUCCGGCUAAGCUAUCUCCUACUGUUACUGAAUAUUCUAACUUUGAUCCAAGAGCAGAUGCUGAAGUUUUAAGAAAAGCAAUGAAAGGUUUUGGCACAGAUGAAAAAGCUAUUAUACAAGUUCUUGCCCAUCGUACCAAUUUGCAACGCCAAGCAAUUGCAAAUCAAUUCAAAACAUUAUAUGGCAAGGAUUUAAUUAAAGAUUUGAAAUCGGAGACUUCUGGAAAUUUUGAAAAAGUACUUGUUGCAAUGAUGACGCCUUUACCUCAAUUCUAUGCAAAGGAAUUACAUGAUGCAAUGAGUGGUAUUGGUACUGAAGAAUCUGCUUUGAUUGAAGUAUUAUGUACUAUGUCCAAUCAUGAAAUACAAGUGAUCAAGCAGGCAUAUCAAGCAAUGUAUGGAAGAACUUUGGAAGAUGACUUGAGGGGUGAUACUUCUGGCAACUUCAAACGACUCAUGGUGUCUUUAUGCUGUGGCAAUAGGGAUGAGUCAUUCAAUAUUGACCUCGCAGCUGCUACUAAUGAUGCUCGUCAAUUAUUACAAGCUGGUGAAAUUCGUUUUGGAACAGAUGAAUCUGUUUUCAACUCAAUUCUGGUUCAAAGAAAUAUUCCUCAGUUGAAACAAAUAUUUGAUCAGUACAGUAAUAUCACAGGUCAUGAUAUUGAAAGAGCCAUUGAAAAUGAAUUUUCUGGCGAUAUUCAGAAAGGAUUACUUGCCAUUGUAAAAUGCGUUAAAAACAGAGCUGGCUUUUUUGCUGAACAGUUGUACAAAAGCAUGAAAGGUGCAGGAACAGAAGAUCAGCGACUUAUACGACUAAUUGUUACCAGAUCUGAAAUCGACAUGGGCGAAAUUAAACAAGCUUACAUACAACAAUAUGGUCAAAGUUUAGAAGACGCCAUAUCUAGUGAUUGCAGUGGUGAUUACAAGAAGUGUCUUUUAGCAUUAAUAUCUUAAUGUUGAUUUAUUCUUUACGCAUCCUUAAGUUGCAUUUAUCCAUUUGGAAAUAUUGAAAAGAAAGAAGAUCUUUUAUUUCGUCUCAAUCUCGUUAUUUAAUGAAUCUUCAUGCACUGUUAAAGAUCGGAUGCGAUUGAAUUCAUAGAAUAUAUUAUUUAUAAACAUUUCAUAUAUUGUAGUCGUACAAAUGUUUGUGUUCCAAUAUAAACACCGUCCAUUUCAUCGAUCUAUGCAACUAUUAAUGAAAGUAUAAUUUUACAUUGUACAACGAACGAUUGAAAGCUUAUAUAAUAUUCAUUCAAAGUGCCAACAUCAAUCUUAGAAUCUAUUGCUUAAUGUUUUAUGACUGUUGAAUAUAAAAAAUGUUAGAAAAUUUAAAUAUUUAUAUUUCUGCAACAGUUAUAUGCUAUUUUAUACAAAUAUAUUGUAGCAUAUUACGAUUUUUAAUAUAUAAAACUGACAUUCUAUGAAAUUUUUGUAUUAAUAGAAAUAUACGA